UUGCUCUUCAUCAUCGUCGUCGUCAUCAUCUCUCUCUUUCUCUGAGAAUUUCACACAGUUCAUUCUAGCAAGGAGGUGGAGGAGAUGGACACCGGCGCUUCGGAGGUAGCACACGAUUUCCGUCCCUUCUUCCGGGUCUACAAGGACGGGCGCGUGGAGAAGUACAAGCUGAUCGAUCACGUCAGGCCCGUCCCCGCCGGGCUCGACCCGGCGACGGGGAUCGAGACCAAGGACGUCGUCGUCUCGCCCGAGACCGGGGUGUCGGCCCGGAUCUUCGCCCGCACGGCUGGCGGCGGCGGCGGCGGCCCGGAUCGGAAGCUGCCUCUCCUCGUCCACUACCACGGAGGCGGGUUCUGCGCGGGGUCGCCGUUCGACUCGACGUCGAACGGUUUCCUCUCCGCGAUGGUGACUCAGGCCAAUGUCGUCGCUAUCUCCAUCGAUUACAGGUUGGCCCCGGAAAACCCACUGCCCAUUGCUUACGAGGACUCGUUCGCAGCCCUUAAGUGGAUCGCGGGCCACUCGGACGGAUCCGGCCCGGAACCGUGGCUGAACCAGUACGCGGAUCUCGGGCGGGUCUUCAUAGUGGGGGAGAGCGCCGGAGCCAACAUAGGCCAGUACGUGGCGGUCCGGGCCGGCGUGGCGGGCAUCAGGGUCAAGGGCAUGCUGGUGGUGCACCCGUUCUUCGGGGGCAAAGAGACGGACGAGAUGUACAAGUUCAUGUGCCCGACGAGCUCCGGGCUCGACGACGACCCGAAGCUGAACCCGGCGGUCGACCCGGACCUGCCGAAGAUGGCGUGCGAGAAGGUGCUGGUGUGCGUGGCGGAGAAGGACUGGCUGAGGAACAGAGGGGUGAAGUACUACGAGGCGCUGUGCGGGAGCGGGUGGGAGGGGAAAGCGGAGCUUGUGGAGGCUAAGGAAGAGGCACAUUGCUUUCAUUUGUUUACCAAGAGUGAGAGGGCUGAGCAGCUGAUCAAGAAGAUGGUUGAUUUCAUCACCAUGGAUUAGAUCAGAUUAGAACAGUUAUAUGAGGAAAACGCCCUUUUAAUUAUGGUUGAUUUUUCCACAUAAAUUAUCGGAGCUUCUUCAAUGCAUAUGUAAAAACAUUUCUUCUUGUUAUUUCUGCUUAAA